GUGUGCCCAAAUGGAUUGGUCCCAACUCUUUUAUUCUACUCUACUCUUAGUCCUAGUCCUAUUGUAUUCUAAUGCAAUUGGCAAUUUGCUAGUCAUAAAGCAAGUUUUCACUAGGGUGAAUGUGAUGCUGACUUGCAUAAGAAAAAAAAUAAUUUUAAAGAAUUUGGGCCACUUUAUUAGGCGGGCAUUUGCUCAACCUAACUACAGAAAUUGGCUAAUCAAAAUAGAUUUGCUGUGCAGAAUGGCAAAAGACUGGGAGAUGUAGUGUAAAACAUCGGGCAACAUUUGCCUGAUUGUCUAAAAUAUUUUAAAAGUCUUUGGUGGCUUCAGUAUCGAAAUCAGAAGGAUUGGCAUAGCACCUCGUUAGGGAUUCUGGGAACUGUAGUUUCCCAGGAAAGCAAUCGGCUUGCAAAUGGCUAUCGGGGGAAAACAAUAGCACAUGGACGCCUCUAUGGUUUUUUGUUCCUAUGGCAACUGUCCGGGUCCGUGAUGUCACCUCCGGUCCUGCCUUCUCCACGGUAGAGGGGAGUAGAGCGGAUCAUAUGCUCGCCUCCUCCUUUCUCCCCCUUUUUGUAAUUGGUACGUCCCAUCUGUGCCGCCUGAACAACGGCACGAAGGCGAGCGUAUUCCACGAAAGGGAGGAGCGAAAUACGGAGAUUGAAGCAGGCGAGCGAGAAGCAGCGCGAAUUGGGAAGUUUCUCGAAAUAAUUGGAAAGAAAGUUAAUGCAGAGCCCGGUUGCCACCAGAUCCUUCUGAAAAAAAUGAUUGGAUUCUUAAAGCAGCCAAUUGUCUUUUCAUUGGAAAUCAAUGUAAACCUGGUGAUUUUAACUGUGGUCGGAUUAAUCAGCCGGCUGUGGGCACUGUCCUAUCCCAGAGCUGUAGUCUUUGAUGAAGUUUACUAUGGCCAGUUCCUCUCCUUGUACAUGAAGCGGAUCUUCUUCGUAGAUGACAGCGGGCCCCCGUUCGGCCACAUGCUUUUCGCUUUGGGAGGUUAUUUAGGGGGCUUUGAUGGAAAUUUCUUAUGGAACAGGAUAGGAGCAGAAUACAGCUCCAAUGUGCCGAUUUGGACACUGCGGCUUAUACCUGCAACAGCUGGUGGCUUAUGCAUCCCCUUGGCGUAUCAAAUAUUAGUUGAAUUGCAUUUCACCCAUUUUGUUGCCCUGGGUGCUGCAGUCCUGAUUUUAUUCGAAAAUUCACUAAUUACUCAAUCCAGGUUGAUGCUGCUGGAGUCGAUUUUAAUUUUUUUCAUCCUGUUGGCUGUUUUGUCUUAUCUGAAGUUUCACAACUCUCAGAAACAAAGCCCUUUUUCUGCAAGAUGGUGGCUCUGGCUGUUGCUAACUGGGGUCUCCUGUUCUUGUGCUGUUGGGGUGAAAUACAUGGGCCUCUUCACUUACUUCCUUCUUCUGACCCUGGCAGGAGUCCAUUGCUGGCAGCUGGUUGGGGAUCGCUCCUUGUCCAACGUCUCCCUGCUCUGGCACUUCAUAGCCCGAGGAGUAGCUCUUUUGAUCAUCCCUGUCGCUCUCUACCUCUCCUUUUUCUACAUCCACCUGGUUUUGCUGUACCGAUCUGGGCCUCACGACCAAAUCAUGAGCAGCGCUUUCCAAGCUAGCUUAGAGGGAGGGCUUUCGCGCAUCACUCAGGGGCAGCCCUUGGAAGUGGCUUAUGGUUCCCAGAUUACUUUGAGGAAUACUUUGGGCAAACCCUUGCCGUGUUGGCUUCAUUCUCACCGGAAUACCUAUCCCAUCAGGUAUGAAAAUGGGCGGGGAAGUUCCCACCAACAGCAGGUGACCUGCUAUCCUUUUAAGGAUGUGAACAACUGGUGGAUCGUGAAGGACCCUGGAAGGCAGCAACUGGUAGCUAGCAACCCACCACGACCUGUGCGACACGGCAACAUCGUGCAACUGGUCCAUGGAAUCACCACCCGUUACCUUAACACGCACGAUGUGGCUGCGCCCCUCAGCCCACACUCCCAAGAGAUAUCCUGUUACAUCGAUUACAACAUUUCCAUGCCAGCUCAGAAUCUCUGGAGAGUGGAAAUUGUGAAUCGCGACUCGGAUAAUGAGAUUUGGAAAACGAUCCUGUCCGAAGUCAGACUGGUCCACAUCAACACAUCGGCCGUGUUAAAGCUCAGCGGAGCCUCCCUCCCCGAAUGGGGGUACCGACAACUGGAGGUGAUUGGCGAGAAGAUCUCCAAGGGGUAUCAUCAAAGCAUGUUGUGGAACGUGGAGGAACACCGAUAUGGAAAAAGCCAUGAACAGAAAGAGAGAGAGGUAGAACUGCACCUGCCUACUCAGAUCAACAUCAGCCAGAACCUCACCUUCGUUGCCAAGUUCACCGAGCUGCAGUGGAAAAUCCUUACCCUGAAGAACGAGGACACGGAACAUAAAUACAGCUCAUCCCCCUUGGAUUGGAUCACUCUGGAGACCAACAUUGCUUACUGGUUCCAUUCCAGCUCAGGGGCUCAAAUUCACCUCCUGGGCAAUGUGGUCAGCUGGACAUCAGCCAACGUGGCCACCGUCGUCUACCUGGUUUUGUUCCUGGGGUACCUGCUACGUCGACAGCGGAAUAUCCAGGAUAUCCCUGACGAGACCUGGCAGCAGUGGCUCCUGGCCGGAGGGAUCUGUGUGGGCGGAUGGGCUGUGAACUACCUGCCUUUCUUCCUGAUGGAGAAGACCCUCUUCCUUUACCACUAUCUGCCAGCCGUUACUUUCCAAAUACUCCUGAUUCCCGUUGUUCUGCAGCACACGAGCGACUUCCUCUGCAGGUCCAGGCUUUCCAAGAGCAUGCACAGUGCUUUAGUAGCAGCUUGGUUAUCUUCCGUCUACCUUACGUACCAUACGUUCCAGCCCCUCACCUACGGCAAGCCGGCCCUCUCAAAAGCCGAGUUACAAGCUCUACGCUGGAAGGAUAGCUGGGACAUUUUGAUCCGCAAACGCUGAGUGACGCUAAGAAAUGGUCGGGGGGCCAGUUUUGGGACUGGAUAACGAAGAAAAAGAGAAAAAAAUUCAUCGGAACUAGGGAUUCAUUCCCCUGUGGAUCCCUUCGGACAUUGACCUAAUCCCAGAAACAGGAUUGGUGAACUACAAAUGCCUGUAGAAUGGAUUUGGGAGUUGUUUGGGGCUAUUUUCCCCGUUUCUCUUGCAGAGGAAAGGAUUUGAGAGGGAUAGAAAUGUACUUGGAUGAGGGGAAGAAACGGGGGGCUCUUUUGCUCACUCGAGGCAGAGUAAAUGGGGCUUAUGCACCCUUUCUUUCUCUUGACCAUGGAAAGAGUGCACAGGCCAGACUGCGUGGAUAAGAUUCAUCACAACUAUGUCUAGGAGUAUUGAACUUUUGCAAAAACCUUCGUUCACGUUAAUAUGGAAGAUGGUGGGGAAAAAAGUGUGAUCUGACACUCGUAUUUAUGAUCAGUCAAUAAAAUGAGGCAGGCUGUAUGCAC